AUGGCGAAAAGCGUUUUGCUUCUUAGCAACCUAAACAGUAGUGUGAAAAGGAAGAUAACUUCUUUGAAGAUAGAAGAGGUAGAAGGGGUGGAAGGGGUCACUUUCGAGGGGAACUCUGCCUCCAUAUCGUUCAACGACAGUGUAGUUGACGCGAACAGAUUAGUAGCAAUUAUAAACAGCAGCAAAGAUAUGGAUGGAGAGUUCCAAGAGGAAGAUAAAACAGAAAAGGACAGCGCACUGAACGAGUUGGCUCAUCGUGAAAAUGUCGAAGAUGUAAACACGUUUACCUUUUAUCCGAAGGGAAAACACACAAAAGGUAAUCACCACAGUAGUUAUGUUAAAAAUACCAUUUUGGGAACAAAUGUGGGUGAAGGGGCCAACUCGAGGGGGCUGCCCGAUGGGGAUGGAUAUGUCACUUUAGCAAAUGCGUAUGGCGUUGGUGAGGAUGUGGAGGGUGGCCACAAUGAUGAAAAAAAUGGGAAUGGGAAAUUAAGCCGACAGGUUGGCAGUGGGUAUGGGGGGAGCUACUUCGAAGAGGGGUAUCAAGAAAUUUAUAGGAAGGGCGUGGAUGACGGGGUAGGUGACGGGGCUGGCGACGGGGUUUACGACGGAGCAAAGGGCGAUGCGCAUGAUAUGCAGACCGACGAAUGUCCUGGCGAACGCCGCACUAACGUUAGGGGUAACCCCUUGAGCGACGCCUACAACGGAAGAGGAGGCACAAAUGCGCGUUCCGCUGCAUGCGAAGUGAAAGGUGAGCACGGAAGUGGUGAAGACUCUCCCCAUGGCGAAAAAUUGGGCAACCUCCAUUCUGUUAACCAAACCAAAAGGGGGAAGCAGCAUUGUAAGAAUCAGGGGCUCGAGCAGUCGAACCGCCAAUGCGCAAAGGAGGGAUGCAAACGGGGAGAGACACCCGAUUACCAGGAGGAACAGUUACGUAAGGGAGAUUCACUCCAAAGUGGAAGAAGCCGGAGAGGAAACAUCUUCCAAGAUUACGAAACGUACAGAGGGAAAAAAGAAAAUAUAUACAUUUGCGAAUUGAGAAUUUACAACAUGACGUGUGACAAUUGUGGCAAUAAAAUCAUCAGUUUUUUAAAAGACAAAAAUUUAAUUGUAGGUGGAAAUAGCUUCGCAACAGAUAGUAAAAUCAAGUUAAAACUGAACGUGUCUGAGGUGGAUUCUUACCCCCCGAGCAGCGGGUGUAACAAGCAAAGUAGCGACAACAACAGUGUAAAAAAUUUCGUGAACAAAAUAAUGAAUGAAAUAAAGGAGAGCGGAUUUAAUAAUGACCUGAUAGACUUGUAUAAGGAUGAAGAUAACCAUAAUAAGGGCAUCCUCUUUGACAUCACUCUGUAUGUAUUUAGGGACGACGUGAUAAAGGCCUAUGGGUUGUUGAAAAAUAUGAAGGGAAUUAAAAAUGUAGAGUAUGAUGUGCGGCAUGAGUAUGUCUACAUUUUGUAUAACCCAGAUGUGGUCGGGAUUAGGUUCAUUUUGGAAUGUUUAAAGAAGAAGAAAAAUAUCGACGCCUACUAUGAUGAAGAUAAAGAGAAAUUUUUUAGAAGCACAAGAAAUAAUGAAAUGAAUAAUUCUCGUAAAUUGAUUGAACUUUUGUGCUGUUUUUUUUUGAGCAUUGUCAUUAUAGUCCUUAAUAAUUACCAAAUGAAUAUGGGUUCCAUGAAUGGCUUUUAUUCCUAUGGCACUUACGGGAAUUACGUGAAAAUGUUUAAUUUUUUGCAUUUCACAAAUGGGAAAGGGGAUUUCUUGGGGGGAAACGCUGCACAUGAGUUGUAUGUUCAACCCGAUGGGGGGGACAGCAAUUUAUUUUCCCCUCUUUUUCGCGCCGAACGGUAUUUUCCGCAGGGGGAAGGGGGACAAGGGGUGACCGCGACGAGUGGAAACGCAUCACCACAGGUUUUCACUCCUGACGUGGGGGGCAAUUCGCGAAAGGGGGAGUUCCAAGCGGUUGCACCAAGUGAUGGGAAGAAGAACCGCAAGGGGAAGAAGCGCAGCCAGGGUGAAGCUGACUCUGAUGAGGGCGACUCUGAGAAGGAGGACGACGCGGCCAUCGCGUACCCGGAAGCCAUAGACAUCAGGAUGGCUCAGGGCAAGCAAGUUGGCAAGGAGGUGGACCCUUCUGAGGAAGGAGCCGCAGAAGCGGAACAUGGAAAAGGACUCCAUCCUACAGCUGACAAAUUUGGAGAGACAAACAAGGAGAAGCAGACGAAAGAACUCGAGCAGGAUAGAUUAUCCCCGUCCGAUAAACUACAACCAAAAAAGUAUGAGGAAAAUCGUGCGAAUGGUGAGGAAGGAGCGGAGGAUGACGUGGGGAAGAAGGCGCACAGCCAGAAGAAGGUCGUUCCGAACUCUAACUACUUUCAGAAGGAUUCCUCAAAUGGUAAAGAUGUUAAGAAGGGGAGUAUGACCGAGAUUGGCGAGGUGGAUUUCCUGUUUGACUUUCGACGGGAGGAAAAGCAGAAAAAAGGGAGAAAUGGGGGGAAAGAUGCGGAAACGUCUAACGAGGUAGCAGCGUCCGCUGAAGGUACUGUGCUCAGGAGGGACUCUCAGCUCAGGAAGGACUCUCAGCCCAGGGGAGACUCCCUGGCACACUUUCGCGCCCGCUUCAGCAGAGGCGCAAGCGCGAAGGGGGGGAAGACCACACAUGCGGAAAAAGAAAUGAAAAGGGGAUCUUCCCAAGAGGGAAACAUUAAAGGGGGGGAAGAAGAACAAAGUUGUAAAAUGGCGAAAGGGAAGAACCAGGAGGGGGAGCCAAAGGAGAGUACCAAGGAGGAAGAAUUACCGAAAGGGGAGCCAAAGAAGAGUACCAAGAAGGAAGAAUUACCUAAAGGAGAUUCCCUUUUUGAUGAGAACAAUUUACACAGUUGUAUGGCAAAUACGUUGUCAAGCAUAUACCUGGACGGUAAACUAUUUGGAAACCUAUCGCUGAGGUUGUUUUUUAUUUUUUUGCUAAGUUCCAUUGUUUACCUCUAUUUCGGAUUUCAUUUUGUUCUAAAUGGCUACAAAAAUUUAAAAAAUGGAAUAAUUAACAUGAACGUUUUGAUAUCCAUCAGUUCCUCGUUUUCCUACUUUUACUCUCUUCUCCUUUUGCUCUUCUGCUUGUUUUUUUCCGUUGACUUGGAGGGAAUUCCUCUCUACUUCGAUUCAUCCGCUUUGCUAAUAUGUAUAAUGAAACUGGGGUUCGAAAUUGAGAACUUUUUAGUCAGUUUUACGAAAAAGAAAAUAGAAGAUUUAUACGAGAGGACCACCAAGCAUGUGUACAUCCUGGAGAAGAGGAAUGACAAGACGGAAGAUCCCCAGUUGAGGAAGCAGCUGAGUAAUUGCACAAUUGCAAGUUCGCGUAAUGGGAAGGACAGUGGGUCCCCUCUUAAUCACAGCAACUCGAGUGGCAAUCGAAAUGAGUCCCCCGGUGGAAAUGGAGAGACGUCUCCUGUUGGAAGUAGUGCACUGUCCGACUUUUGCAGAAAUAGCGCCCAAUGUUCGAGCAGAGAGUUUAAGAUAGAGGGAGGAGCAGCAUCCGCAGCGGCGGUAGGUGAGGAUUCCCCCUGCGGCAGGGUCGUCCGCCCCCCCCAUGAGCGCAAAGGAAUAGAUGUCAACAAAAUAUUUUGCGAAGACAAAAAGAUUAACAUAAACGAUUUUACGAUCAAUAGCUACCCAGUGCAGUUUAUCCAAAAGCACGACAUUUUGGUGUUCUACGAAGGGGCCACGUUACUAAUUGAUGGGAUCAAAAUGAACGAUGACAUUUCCUAUGUAGAUGAAAGUAUGAUUAGUGGGGAGAAAAAACCCAUUAGCAAAUUUAAAGGGGACAAAAUAUAUGCAGGGUCUAAAUGUGUACAGGGGAUAAUAAUUCUUUUUAUUGAUGACAUUUCCAAGGGGAACUAUAUUGAAUAUGUUAAGAAAACUUUAGACGAAGUGAACUGCAAAAAAACGAAUUUACAAUUAUAUGCAGAUAAAAUAGCUAGCAUAUUCAUCCCAUUCAUUAUAGGGUUAUGCAUUGUCGUAUUUUUCAUUUGGUUUUUCCUAACCUAUUUUGAUUAUGUGAAUAUAAAGAAGGAUAAUUAUUUUAAGUUAAACAGAUUUUUAUCGUGUGUAUUCUUCUCCAUUCAUUUUUCCCUAUCAAUUUUAUGUGUGGCUUGUCCCUGUGCCGUUGGGUUAGCGAGUCCUCUGUCCAUUGCCAUCAGCUCGUACAUAUGUAGCAGCAUUGGAAUUAUAUUAAAAAAUAUAAACCUCUUCGAAAUAUUCCUCGAAUGUAAUCAUUUCAUUUUUGACAAGACGGGCACGCUAACAGUUGGGAAGCCGGUGGUCAACAAAGUGUACGUGUCUUCCAAUUUGGACCUCUUCGCAGACCAGUUGUUGAAAAAGGCUUCAAAGAAUAAGCUCGCGGUGAAUUUUGGGGAAGACGAUACGGGCAGUGCGUGUAUGGGCAGCGCGUUGGGCUACCUCUCCAGUGAUGACCACCAUUUUAGCAGUUCGCAUCAUCACACGGGUGAAGAGAAAAAUAAAGCAGCUCACAAAAGUGCUCCCACUCGGGGUGACGCCAGCGGAGUGAGUGUGUACAGCCGUUUAGGCGAUACUUCCGAUGGAGGGGAGCAUUAUGGGAACGGGGACAAGAGGGGGAAAAAUACGGGAAACCCUUCUCACAGAUACGCUGCCCAUGGGGGUAGAAAUGGGGACAGCUGUCCGCCAAACGAAGGUAGCCUCACCGAAGAGCACAAACAUAACUGGCGCGAAAGUGACACAAACGAUGGCGGUAAUAAUAAGACUUUACAUUUUAUAGAAAGCAUGCACUGUUCAGGCAAAAAUGUCACCUUCUACUCCUUCACAACGCAGAGGGAUUUUUACAAAAUUGAGAUAAAAAAAUCGGUGAUGAGGAGAGAAGAAAGAAACAGCCCGAGGAACUCCAACGACAUGGAGCACACCCCCUGCAGUGGAAAACAGUCCAUCUUCAAUCGCAUAGUGUCAUUUAUAAAUGAUAAAAGGAAGAAAAAUAAAUAUAAUCAGAUAGGAGACAAUUCCCUGAAGGAGUAUUUUAUAAACAACCCGGAAGUGUCCAUCUCUUCACCUGACGAUUCGUAUACCAGCGAAACGAGCAGCGAAAAUAAUGACACGACCAUUACGGAUACUCAGCCAGAUGGACAACUGUCAUACGAUGGUGAGUUGAAACAAAAUGAUGAGGACCCAUUUGAUAGUGAAAAUAAUUUGAGUGAAAAAAUUACCAACUGGUUAUACCUCUUUUUAAGUUUAAGCGCAAAUUUGGAAAAGUAUAGUAACCAUUUAUACGCUACGUCAAUAAAUGCUUUUAUAAAUUCCAAUUUUUGCAUUAACGAAACGUUUGAUGUGCAAAAUUUGAAGAAUGAAAAAAGCCAGGGUAUCACUGGAGUGUUAAAAGACCUAUCGGUUACCAUUGGCACGCUGUACUACUGCUAUACGAAGUAUAAAAACACGCACUGUCGACAGGCAGCAGAAACUGUUGAUGAGAAAUUGAAUAUCAAAAAUUUGGAGGCCCAUCUGUACUCCUGUGAUUGUAAUGUACACAAGACGUAUCAGUACCUGUACAAUUAUUCCAAUAGCAAAAAAAACGAAAGUAAUAAUAUUAUUUUUAUGUGCAUAGAAGGAAUAAUCGUCGGAUUUUUUACCCUCGUGGAUGACAUAAAACCGGAGGUGUUUGACUUUAUUAGGUUCCUGAAGAGGGAGCGCAAAAAGGUCUACGUCUGUACUGGUGAUAAUUACAUGAACGCUCUUUACAUUUCUAAAAUUUUGGGGAUAUCCAAGAAGAACGUGUCCUCGAAUACCUUGCCCAUGGAGAAGGUCCACUUUGUGAAGAAGAUACAGUCGCUCGGCAGUGGAAAAGUGUGCAUGAUCGGAGACGGCAUAAACGACUGCUUUGCCCUGAAGAGCGCGGACCUGGGGCUGUCCCUGAGCACGCGCUCGAACGUGGUGAUGGACAGCGCCGACGCGUGCAUCGUCGACAACGACAUAAGCGUCAUAACGAAGUUGUUUGAAAUAAGCAGAAAAACUUUGAUAGUGAUCAAAUUCAACUUUUUGUUUUCCUUCCUCAUCAACGUCUUUUUUAUUCUCUUGGCAAGCGGGUCGUUCUACGCCCUCAACUACGUCUUUUCGCCCUUUCUGUUCACCUUCCUGAUGUUUUGCAGCUCCAUCAUUGUGAUUCUCUCCUCCUUGUCUUUGAAAUUGUAG